AAUAUAUGAUGUUUUGUUUUUUAAAAUUCCAAAUAUAUUUCAGGUUGUCUAACUAAAGAUGUUGAGAAGCAAUGAGGACUGGCUAAAAGGAUGUAAAGAUCUCAACUGUUGGUGGGUGUCCAAGGUCGAGACAAGGAAGCCACUAUGAUUUCACUGGUUUGAUCAAACUCUACCAAAGAGGUGGGGUUUUCAAGUGACUGCAGGCGAAUGAAUGUGAUUGUGACUCGAGCAAGAAGAUAGUGUUGCCUUGUCUGCGUUCCGAAACAAUAAGUGACAGAUGAUUCUUAAAGCAAUUCAUGGAGUACUUUGAGGAGCAUGGCUAGUAUCUGAGUAGCUCUGCAUACUGUAAUGAAUACGUAAAGAACUUGAAGGAAUAAGAUUCUGUCCCCAACUCAGGGCAUUUCAGUUUAUUGCCUAAUUUGCUACAUCUAUAUUCAGGAGCUCAGGAAAAUGGGUAGUAGGAUGUUCUUAUAAAGAUUAAUUUUUAUUUGUUGUUAUUUAUCUAGAAAGUCAGCAGAAAAUAUGGUGCUAGGCAUCCCGAUCAUCCUUGUUUUAUUAUUUUUUGAACUUAGGUGAUGAUGUCUUUGUAGUGGCUUGAUGAGUUUUUACAAGCAAUGUGUUGUAUGGAUUGGAUUACCACUUUAUACUCUCUUUAAAUGAACAACAGAAGCGAAGCAGUAAUGGCUAUGGUGGGAGACAAGACGAAGAAGAAAUCGACUGCUGUGACUUUGCAACAGUUCAUCUCCAAUAUGACUCCUUUAAUCGAUUUGGAGAAGGAAGCUGAGAUAUCAGCCUCUAUUUCUUCAUGUGCAUCAAGAAAUCAAGAAAUUUGGAUAAUGCUCAGAAGAGGGGCUUCACUAUUCUGAAUUUGAAGUGUCUCGAUGUUCAGACAGGGUUGAUGGGGAAAACACUGCUUGAGUUUCAAUGAGUAGUGGUGGGUGCUCUUACAUUUUUUAUGGUUUUAGUGCCAUAGAAUAUAGACCUUAUGAAUCUUAUGCCAGUCAACUUUGAUUCACAUAUGUUGUCAUAUCUUCUUGACAAGCAUGAACGCAAUAAACUUUGAUUCUGUAAUCAAAUUUUAUUAAGACUUACUGGGUUAAGGUUGUCAAUCUGUAUAAGGGUCAUGAUAGAUCUGCUUCAGAUGUGAAAUAGAAUAAAAGAAGGAUGAAUAAGACAGAAAAAUCAAUGAAGGUGAAGCUGAGAUUGAUAUUUCACAUGGAAAGAGACUUACUCAAAGUGGAGUCCAAGGUUCUGAUACUGGAAUUAUUGCAUUACCCAUAUACUACACAGGUAUUAAAGACUGUACUGUGCUAUAUUCAGUUGCAUUUUUUCUCCACUAACCAAAUAUCUUUCCUUCCUCUUCUUCCAUUCCUUUCACAAACUGACCAAUACAUGAUGUAGUUAUAUUGAAACCAAAUAAGAGCUGAAUAGGAUCUCCUUUGCUUUGGCAAGCAAGGUGCAAUUUACCUGUUAAAGGAUUUCUCAAUCACUGUUGCAUUCGAUCGCAUCCCUGAAGCAGGUUUAAAUAGUCCCUUAACCAGAAAAAGUGGCAAAUGAGUUAUUGAUUCAAAGUGAAAAGUUCUAAGUACGGACUUUGGGAAUCAGAUGGAAGCCAGACUUUGAUUCAUUCUGCCUCACCUCUAAAAUUCUGAACCAGAGAGAUGGUGAUCCCAAUUAAUUUAUCUGUGCCGGUUGUUGACGUGCCAAAAUGGAUGGAGUGGCCAUCUAUCCAAAUGAGGUGAGAUAGAUCACCAAGUCUUCGUAGAAAUUGACUAGGUUCGAAGGGUCAGUUAAGCGUGGGGAAGGUGUUAGGCACCCCACAAACUUCCAUAUAAAUAUGGUUACCACAUACUUUAAUUUUGAGGUAUUUUUCAAUUUUUAUAAAAUAAUAAUUAUCAA